GUUCUAGUUAGUUUCCUCAUAACAUGCAAGUUCAUUACAGGCACUGAAGAUGGAAAUCCUCCAAGUGGUGAAGUCAAAUUUUCAUUCAAGUCUACCCGCUCUGCCAUGAGUAGCGGGCCACAAGAUGCGGGCGCGACGUCCAUUACUGAGGUUGACACUGAACUAGACAGAGAUGCUCAAGCUAUAUUUGAGCGGAAAUUGGCCGUAAAUAAAGAUGUGAAAGAGAAAGGCGAUGAUGACAAAAUCUAUAAAGGGAUUAAUAAUUAUCAAAGUUUCUACGAGAAAAGGGAUACUGCACAGGGGAAUGCCGCUUCUGGAAGUGUAAGGUAAGAAGGUACAGCCCAGUGGCGUGCGGUCCAGCAAGCGCAGGCAAGCGCCGCUCGACCUAACAUUUAGAUCUCAACAAAAAUAUUUGGAGAUAAUUUUGAAAUCAACAAUUCUAGAUUUUUACUAAUAAAACAGAUUAAAAACAUUGUUUAUUACAGCGCCUAUUCCAGCUCGAAUACGUAAUGUAGCACCUAUCAAUACGAACUCGAGGUUUCAAGUUUCUGUAUUUUUCGUGAUAUUAUCUAGACGUUUCGUCAGAAGAAAAUAGUAGGAAGUGGAUUAAUAAGGCUUAUCUUAAUCUUUCAGCGGGUAUUGGUUGUUGCAAUGCCCUCACCUGUGCCCUUCACAAAAAUUCUUGUUAUUUUUUUAUUAUUAACCAAGGCAAGCACGCUUGCCUUGGCAAUCUGCCAAAUCAACGAUUGCGCAUGCUCUAAGUCAACAUUCGAGGCUUGCUAUUCGAGGAAUAUACGCGAACUGCAAGCAGCGCUUCUAAGGAACACCGCUCCGUUGCCAAUUGGUCAACUAUCAAUCCUAACAUGUUUGCUAUCUGAUACUUUCGGGACGAGCUUUCAAAAUUCAAAUACCAAUUAAAUGAAUUAAUACGUCUAAAAAAUCCUUCCAUAUAGUACAGUGAAUUUGCAGUUGUUGCCUUUAUGUAUUGCUGAAUUUUAUGAAAGCAUUUAGAAAAUUAGAAGAUAAUAUAAGGUUUGUAACACGUUAGCAUAUCGUUCUCUAGUAUAUUCUGAUAUUCAAUUUCAUAUGCACGUCAUUUAUUUGCGGCUCAAACGCGUGCACAAAUUGUAUACAAAGUUAUACAAGUUGUGUUCUAGAGAUCUUGUAACCUAAAACAUUCGCAAACUGCCGCACUGAUAUUUCAAAAUAAAUCUAAUAGUAAAAUUUAUGUGACACCAAAACUGUCUUUGGGUAAAUAACAUGCAAACCGCGGCCGCAGGAGAGAGUAGAUCGCGUCUUUACAAUAAUACAACACAAAAUUCGCGCGCAUAUUUGAUGACAUCAUUUUCAUAUGUGCGUCAUAUGUACGCAGCACUAUGGCACUAGAAAAAGUUCAAAAUAGCGGUCGAAAAAUAGUGUAGUACUAAUUUAAUGUAGUGCUAGAAAAGUCCGAUGGCGUUCUUAGAAUAGACGAGUACGUAGAAUAGACGAGUACCAUCUCGAUCGAGAAAGAACUUUUGACUUGUUUGCAAGGGAAACCAGAGUUUUAUGACAAUGUUAUAAAGGCGUUUUGCGUGAAGGAAUGACGAAUGGAAUUUACAUUUAAAUAGUUUUACUAACUUUUUUAUAUACAUUUUUUUAUAACGCUUAUGAUGUAGUCAUAUAAACUGAGUAAAUAUAUGAAAUAUAUAUAAUAUCAGGUAUAUAUUCAUCGGUCGAUAAUCUUGUCGGCUUGAUACAUGAAAAUUUUCCAGCAAUUGGUUUGAGCAAAUUAGCAGACACUCAAUUUUGACAAUACGAAACAUAACUAAAAAAAAAAUUUCUUUGGUGCCCCGUCCUCUGUCGCAGUUUGCAAGCUUCAAGUGAAGAGGGCAAAUUUGGACCAUGCAGAUCUAACUGCAAAUUUUUUGGGGCUACCUGCAAAAAUACUAAAUAUACAGGCAUGCAAAUGAAUUAUAUAUACCCAGGUUUCAGAAUUAACCUUAAUGGCAGACCUAAAAUGACACCAUAUUUAAAUUAGGGUUGAUGGUAUGUUUUUCCAAACAGGCAUGGUCCAAUACGAGCACCAGCCAAUAUUCGAGUGACGACAAGAUGGGACUAUCAGCCAGAUAUCUGCAAGGAUUACAAGGAAACAGGAUUUUGUGGUUUUGGAGAUAGCUGUAAAUUUUUGCAUGAUAGAAGUGACUACAAACAUGGCUGGCAACUAGAACGCGAGGUGGAUGCUGGUAAUUAUGACAAGCAAGAUCCGCACCAGUAUGAGGUUGACAGCGACGAUGAUGAUGACCUACCUUUUGCAUGUUUUAUAUGCAGAGAGCCAUUCACUAAUCCAGUUGUGACAAAAUGUAGGCAUCACUUUUGUGAGUCUUGUGCUCUGACACAUUAUAAAAAGUCAAAGCGUUGCUAUGUAUGUAACCAAGCGACACAAGGUGUCUUUAAUCCAGCGAAAGAUUUGAUAAAGAAGAUUAAUGAAAGCAAACAGAAUGAAGAAGCCAAUCAGCGGGAGUAAAAUCUAGAAUCCUAUUGUAUGGAUAGUAGAUUGUACAAGUGAGUGAGCUGGGUAUUUGCUGAAUUCAUUCUGGCUUUGGUAUUGUACCAAGUUACUAAUAUCACGUGCAGUCUGUUGUUAAAAUUACAUCAACUAAUCAAUAGUAUUGUUUACACAAAAAAUAAGCAGUGUGAAUGUUUUCUUAUCAUAUAUUUGAUACUUUUGUAGUUCCAGGCAAAAGAGACGAGUUCUGGGCUCUGCUGCCCAGUGCUGUCCACCAUGGGCAGAAUCCUGCUUACAUUCAAUGACACAGUACAGUACAAUUGUCACUACUUACAGUAUAGUAGCAAUUCUAGUCCACAAAUUACCCGCAAAAUUUUGAAACUAUACACACAAUUUCCAUUUAUCUUGUUGCUAAUGUUCAACAUCAAGCGAUAUUUUUUUAAAGAUAUAAAUGUUUUGUCCUCAAGGGAUGCUAUUUUUAUAAUAUCAGUGUAUGGUCUGGACUGCAUGUAUAUAUAUUAUAUAUAGGGUGUGUUUUUGUAUAUAUCUUAGUAAAGUCAUCUUUUUUUAUGUUAUUAAUGUAUUGUUUCAUAAUUUACUUAAGCCCAGGUUGCUUUGUGCAGCUGUGUGGUCUGAUGGCGUUUCC